UCGUUCAGAGAAGAGGACGUGGUGUGAGGCGCUCUGUGUUUACUGUUGAAUAUUAAAGUGUGCGGAUUAAGUGUAAUAGUGGACUUCACACACGAGAUUGAAUUUAAAUCACACCUAACAAUACUCAGGAACCAUCACUGGAGGAUCAACUUCAGUACAAGACAGCAACAGGAAGCUCUCAACCGCGCCCUCUCACCGGCACCUGAGGAUACCAGCCUUGCGAUUGGUCCAUUACUCAUGACGUCAUCUUUCCAGUUACUCUCAUUGGCUCCAUAUUUUUGACGUCACGGAAGAAGGCAGAGUGAAUGGUAGCCGCAGGAUUCCAUUAUAUUCCACAAACAUGACAUUAAAACUUUUUGAGUGAUAAUAGUGAUAAUGUAAGAUCUUCAUUUACUUCAGUGUUACUAAAGAUUGAUGGAAAAAUAUAAAUAAAAACCUUAAGGUACAGCGAGGUGGGCGGAGCAAGUGGGGCGGCCAAGGAGACGGGCUAUACCUCACAACGAGUCAGGUCUCAGGCGAAGGAUCAGUCGAGACGCAACUGGCGUACAGUGAGGUUGUGUGAGGGUCGGCUCUUGGCCUCAUCUCGCAUGCUGUGAAUGACUGUGUAACAUGCGAAGUCGUUUUAAAGUGACACUGGUUAUAAAGAAACCCAACAAAAUGGCAAAUAAGCUGGUGUUCUGGCUAACAAUGACAUUCCUUCUGGGAUUGUCAAAAAGCUUCGAAUAUUCCGAUUUGGUGGCUAUGAACAAGACAUGCGCGCCCAGAGACACGUGCAGGAGUGGCAAGGGUCCCCGUAUGGGCGACUCAAGUGACUGGAAGGAUAGGAACUGUUUUUGUGAUGAUCUUUGUGCAGAGUAUGGUGACUGUUGUCUCGACGCCAGUGCAUACAGUGCUGAGGAGCAAACAGCAAACCGAGACAGUUAUAAGUGUGUACACCUGAAGCAGUUCGGUCAUCUAUACAUGCAGGGAACGUGCAUGUCGAGCUGGGAGGAUCUGGAGAUUGCUAUGUUAUGUUCCAGUGGCACCCCCGACGCCUACUCUGAUCGUAGUGACCCCUUGGCUGACCUCCCAGUAACUAGCCUCGGCUCGUCCAUCACCUACACCAACUUCUACUGCGCUGUCUGUAACAACGAUUCCACUAACUUGGAGAUGUGGAAGCCUCACCUGGAGUGCCCAACCUUAACCAGCUAUGAAAACCGCUUCAGAAACCUGACGAAGGAAUACGUCAUCUCCAACUUGGUCUUCAAUGACAGGAACUGGGGUCUUUACAUCGAUGAUAAUGGCGUUCAAGUUUUCCAUACAUGUUUAAUCGACCCAAUGAUGCCAGAGACGGUGUCCCACUUGGUGAGAAGCUGCAAAAAGACAACAAAUGCAUGCGCUUCUAACUGGACAGAUACAGAAGUGGAGAAUCUUUGUCAUUCAUACACGGCCGUAGUAUACAAGUUCGACCAAGCUUACAGAAACCCCCACUGUGCAAAAUGUAACUAUUUAUUCCCAGAGAACACCAUCUGUCUUCAUCUAUUAACCACCAGAUUUUUCUUCGGCAAUGAGUUUACUCGCGGUGCCUUUUCCAUGUUGUUCGACUUUACGGACAGUAGUGGAAGCAACGUGGUCGGCUCUACAUCAACUUGCAGGACGGGAGAGGUGUGGGACCCGUUCUUCAAAAAGUGCAGGAAUGUGGUAUGUGGGAAGGACAACCAGGAGUACAGGUUCGGCCGAUGUGUUGACUUAGGUGUCACCAGCAGUCCAGCAGGUAUCGAGGAGUCGACUUCGUCAACCACAGCCGUUUCUACUAAAGCAACAUCUGUCAUUACUACUACUACAUCAGUGGUGAUCACAGAGGACCUAGGAGACAAGAAGGAAGACAUGAGUGUUGCUCCCGAGGGCACAACACUGGAGCCCGCUGAAACUGGCACAGUAACCCCAGUACCUGUAACUACCACUGCUACUACAGGGUCUACUCAUUCCUCAAAUUCAAGCACCGAGAAAUCCAAAACUCUGACUUGUGAACGAUUCCUCCUGCCUGCCGAUGAGUUUACCAUGAGUGCCAACGGUACUGUGGUGGUUGAGAAGUAUCGUCGCACCUACCAGGCUCAUGAAUACGAGCGUACAGAAGGCGGAAUUCUUAUAUGCAUUAUCCAACCAGAGACCGACAAAUUCUCUCGUCUGAUGGGCUGGGUGUCACUGGCUGGUCUGGGCCUCUCUUGCAUCUGUCUCCUGUUACAUUUAAUUGCUUUCCUUAUAGUACCUGACCUAAGGAACCUAUCGGGAAAGAAUCUGGCGUCCCUUUGCCUGGUUCUCUUGGCUGCCUACACCACCUUCAUACUGAGUGUGUUUGGGGAAGCAGGCAAGCGCGAGUGUUUCAUCCUGGCUGCUGCUAUGUACUACUUCUUCCUCUCCUCCUUCUGCUGGAUGAAUGUUAUGGCGUUUGAUAUCUGGCGGACAUUGAAACUGGCGACGUCAGAGCUUCGAGUAACUGCAGGUGGACAGUGGACCAAGUUUAUCACCUAUUCCGUAUAUGGGUGGAUACUCCCCGCUGCUGCUCUCGCGGUUCUGGUGACCCUUGACCUCGUGCGACCUGACGGUAUGCCCCCACAGUACUUCCCCACCCUCGGGGAACGUUGGUGCUGGUUCGGACAACGAAAAGCUCUUCUAGUAUUCUUUGCAGCGCCAUUAACAACAAUAAUGUUGAUCAACAUCAUCUUCUUCAUCUGUUCUGCUCGCAUUAUUGCCGAGACGACGCAGUCAACAGCAAAGAUGACGUCAUGUUCACCACACCAGAACCAGUUCAAGCUAUACAUGCGUCUGGCGUUGUUGAUGGGCCUGACGUGGAUCAGCGGCAUAGUCGCUGGCUAUCUGCAGCUCGAGCCCAUCUGGUACAUAUUCGUACUGCUCAACACCUUGCAAGGCGUCUUCAUCUUCCUCGCAUUCACCUGUACGCGCAAGGUGUGGCGCGUGGCGGCAAGUGGGUGCUGGAGGCGGGUGGUGCUGGCCCGCCGUGGCGCCCACUGGGUGGCCCGGAGUCCCUCCUCCAGCAGACAAGGAUUGGAAUCUCGAGACUCGCACGAGUCUCAGCUCUCACAAGCUUCCCAUUCCUCCGUGACGCACCUAAACUCCCGCACUUCCGUGGACGCCUUCUAGUGCUACUCCACCAGGGAGGCUGGUUCACUACUGUAUAGCUUUACGAUGUUUCCGGCACUUGCACUUCCAUUAAGUACUGUACUUGAUGCACACGAUGCCGCCUUGAACUAAGUCACUUCGGAGCUUGUGCGAUGUUUACGCUGAAAGUUUGAUGUGACAAGGAAUGUGCUGUACUGGUUAUAAGCAACCGUUGGUACAGACAACUCAUGAAUAUUUAGAGUGCUCCGUGAGAAGACAAUACUCUUUGUGAACUAAUUACUGUUGAUAUAUAUGCAAUUCUGUAUGAAGGAUUUGAUAAUAUAUGGCUGUCUGUUUGUAUAUACAGUAUAUGUGAUAGUGAAAAUCCACGUCACCCUCACGUGCGUGUUCUAUGCUAGUCGGAUGUGUUCUUCCUAGUUAUGUAAGGGUUCAACAUAAACAUCUACAGUGAUAACAUUUAAAUUCAAUUCUUACUAACCUAUCAAUUUAUCCAUGUCACUCCUGUAUUAACUUUGUCUUGAUAGGGAAAAAUAAAAGUGCCACAGAUAUUAGAUUAUUAUGCCUUGUUAUUUGUAUUUUCAUAUAUAUAUAAUUAAGAAUUGUUAUUGAGAAUUGGCUUUUACGAGUGAAUUAUUUGGUAUAUUUAUGUGUUUAAACUAAAUACUCUUGUAAUGAAUUCGCCUCAGUGAAUAUAUUUGUUGCAGUAAGUAAUCUAAAAUGUCCUUGUAACUUGUCUCUAAUCUUGUAAACAACUUUGAACUCUUGCUAAUUGUACAGUAGGUAACAUGGAUAUUAUCGUGUUUAUAUGAACCAAAGGAGUUGUAGUGGUGAAAGAUGUUUCUUCCCCACAUGUGUACAUAACUUAUUGAAAAUAUUAAACUGUCAAGUAUUCUCCUCCGACAGUUAUAAUGUUAAGCACCAUAUAUUGUUCUCGGACACUAUAAAUAUUCUUCUGUUCCUUUUAGCAUUAAAUUGAUCAUAACUUAAGCUAUACAGAGUUUGGGGCUAUAUUCACUAUAUUAAUAAUGAAGGUCUGUAAUGCUGUACUGAGUGUCUGUAAUAAUGAAUGUCGGUAAUGCUGUACUGAGUUUCUUUAAUAAUGAAUGUUUGAAAUGCUGUACUGAGUGUCUGUAAUGCUGUACUGAUUGUCUGUUAUAAUGAAUGACUGUAAUACUGUACUGAGUGUCUGUAAUAAUGAAUGUCUGUAAUGCUGUACUGAGUGUCUGUAAUAAUAUAUGUCUGUAAUACUGUACUGAGUGUCUGUAAUGUGUGUCUGUAAUACUGUACUGAGUGUCUGUAAUGUAUGUCUGUAAUACUGUACUGAGUGUCUGUAAUAAUGAAUGUCUGUAAUACUCAUUCUGUUAUGUCUCAGAGUCGAGGACAUAUUUACCAUAGGAAUCAACGUCACUUAGCUCAAUAUAACCUUCUGUAAAGAUACAUUUUGCUCAUUUAUUAGGCCUUAUCAUCCACAGUUCCCUAACAUGGGGGACACACGAGGUAUGUUAUGAGAAGUCGACCUUACUAUGGUCUGUAAGGUCGUGUAGUCACAAAGUGUAUUUUUCUGUGUAAAUAUAUCAUAUGUAUAUAUAUCGCAUAUAUGUCUGCAUAUCAAUAAAUAGAAAGGAAUUUAA